AUGAAUGAACCAGCAUUAUUAAGUAUUCAAACUCCACGUGAUAUACAACAAAUAAACAAGAAAAAAGUAAUACGAAGAAAUAUUAAUGAAUUUAUAAUACCAACAAGUGUAACUAAAUUAACAGAUGAGUGUUUUAAAGAAUGUUAUUCAUUAACAUCAUUUAACAUUCCUACAACAGUAAAUGAAUUAGGAAGUUAUUGUUUUUAUGGAUGUUCAUCAUUAAAAUCAAUUGUUAUUCCAUCAACAGUUAGUAUAAUAGGAGAUGAAUGUUUUAAAGGAUGUUCAUCAUUAACAUCAGUUACUAAAACACUAAAAGAAUCGAAUGAAGAAAAUACAAAAUGUGUUUUAGUGUAA